AUGGCAGGUGUCGCUGUCGCGGCCGCAAGUCCACCCAUGCCCCUUGCACUGCGCUUGCGGCUGUCCCAAUUCCAUCUGUGCUUCAAGAUCCGAGGAGACGAUGAGAUGGCUUCCGAACUGGUCACCUUUGUGGACGAUUUUCUUCGGAAGCGACGGGCUUUUCACGGGAACAAGCUUCCAGCUUUGGGGGAAGUGACGGGACAUGACACUGUGGAGAUAUCCGCACCCACCGCCUCAGGUCAGACCGCACUCGUCGCUGUGCAUCAAAGGACGUUGCCGCCAGUUUACGUUGAUGUACCCCAACGCGUGAUCAUCGAACUUCCAGGGCGACAGUUCGUCUUCGUGAUUCUUCGCGUUUUGCGAAGUUCCGGAAAUGGGAAAAAGGCGAAGCUACAGUGUGUCAAAAAAGUUGAACUCGUCACAGAUUGGUCGGUUACAUUGAAGGAGAUGCUACCACACGCCAAUACUUCGACAUCUCACAUCUCUUCGGCGCUCGUCAGAACUCGCGCGAAUGAACUCGCCGGAGUCGCCAUGGCGUCGGGCCAGCACGGCAAGGUAAUUGACUUGGAGCAGCAUAGCACUGCCAUUGCCUCGGAGCGGUACGGCACCGCCAUCAGUUCCAUCUUGUCCGGGCCUGACCUGGAUGUGGACGUCGUCUUGAAAUAA